AUGGAGGCGCGGGGAGCUGCUGUCGGGCAGGGACAGUUAACCAGAUUUAUAAAAUUUGUAAGAGAAAUAUGCCCUUGGUUCCCAGAAGACGGGAAGUGGAGGCUAUUAUGCCGUGACGGAUCUCGUGAUAGCCUUCGGAGAAUAAAAUCUGACACUCAGAUUGAUAAAAACUUAGAGCAGAAUGCUACUGCAGAACUUCAUAUUUAUGACACCUCUGAGCAAGGAUGUGAGGAAAACAAUAAACCUGUAAUCCAGAAACUUUACCCUGCUUUACCUGAGGAAGUGAGUGAGGAAGAAUGGCAACAAUUCAAUGACCAAGUAGAAGGUUGUAAUGGGGAAAUUAUUGGAGCAGCUCAAACUAUUUCGUUACUGACUCAGCUCAGGAACGAAAUUCAGAAUAUUGCUGAAGCUGUACGAAGAUUGCAGGAACCCUUGCAAGGGAAUCCUGAUUUUGAGAGAGCUUUCCAAAGAACUUUUCCACCUCUUAAUGAUGAGGAGGAGUUUCCUCCUACUCCCCCAGGAACUUUUCCUGAGCCAUACAAUUCUGAGCAAAAAGGGGGACCCCCUGAAACAAAAAACAAUAAAACCAUUGUAGAACCUCUCUUGAAGGUUCUUCCUUCUGCCCCUCCAUUUUCAGACCCAAUAAAAAUUCAGGCUCCUAAAAAGGAGAUGGGACCCAUUGUCUCAUGCGGUGCCCCAAAGUUACAGAAAUUUGCAGGCGCCAUUCAGCAAUCCGUCUCCUUACCUAUGUCUGUGCCUAAAAGAACGGGCAUGGAUGAGAUAAUGUCUCCGUUACAAUUGACAUUACAUGAGGCCAGGCAAGCCGGAGAAACUUUAGACGGUUUUGAAGAAGCCAGACUGGCUUUCCCUGUGACUGAAGUGAAUGGCCACAGACAAUAUCAUGUUUUACCUUUUAAACAAUUGAAGGAAUUAAAAAGUGCCUGUGAUCAGUACGGACCAAACGCUCCUUUUACUGAGACAAUUCUUUUCAUGAUUGCCCAAGAGGCUCUCCCACCUUAUGAUUGGAAAACUAUUGCAAAAUCUGUUUUAAAUGGAGGGGAUUUUUUAGCAUGGAAGUCAGAAUAUGCUGACUUGGCUACCCGGCAAGCAACUAUAAAUCAGAGAAAUCAGAUUGGAAUUGACUUUGAUAUGCUUACGGGAACGGGAGCCUACCUGACUCCCGACACCCAACUAAAUUUUCCCGUCCAGUACUAUGAACAGGUACGAGAUAUUGCAAUGGGGGCGUGGAGAAAACUCCCUAAAGGAAGGGGCUCUCAACGUACAGCAGAGUUGUCAAAAAUCAGACAGGGACCAGAUGAGCCAUUCGCAGAUUUUUGCUCUCGUUUAGUCCAAGCCGCUUCUAGAAUGAUAGAGGAUGAAACUGCUGCACAAAUUAUAGUAAAGCAGUUAGCUUUUGAAAAUGCUAACACAGCAUGCCAGGCUGCUAUUAGGCCAUGGAAAAACCAGUCAAAUCUCAGUGACAUGAUCAGGUUGUGUGCAGAUAUAGGCAGUAGCUACAUACAAGGCAUGAGUUUUGCUGCUGCUAUGAAAGGAGUGCCUCUGGUUAAUAUCGUGCAAAAACAAUUCGGUCGCGGCUUAGGACGGAGAGCUAUUGGGGCUCCAGGAAAUUGCUUCGGUUGUGACGCUGACUCUCCUAUCUGGAUCCCAGAACGACUCAUUCGACAUGCCGAGGGAAUUUCUCCGUUUGCAACACCGCUUGGGAAGUUUGUGACUGGGCACCAUCCAAUGACAGGUGUGAACCUGUAA